UAUGUGUGUUUUUUUAGUGCGUAAACUUUGCAUUUCCUUAAUAGUUUUGGUGGCAGUUGCAGCUCAGUGAUUUUGAUGUGUAAACUCCAAACACCAAAUCCCAGAAUAUUUUAGCCGACUUGUGUUUUAUUUCCCGGAGAGAGAAAAAAAGGAGGGGGAGAAAGAGAGACAAAGUUGUGCGGUGUUGGUAGAAUGAAAGAGGAGUCUGGUGGCAGGAGUGUAGAGGAGGCAGCAUAUGGCUGUAGAAAGAGCACAGCUGGAGGUAGCAUCUCCAUCUGAGGAUGAUGUCAGAGCAGCUGACAGGCUGCCAUCCACCCCACCUCCUCCUCCUCCAUCCCUCCACUGCCUCCACCCCUCCCCAGUCCUUUAUUGUGAGUCUCAGCGGCAGCCUGGGAGAGUCAGUGCUGUGCGUGUGUGUGUGCAGUGUGCGCACGCUGUGUGUGUGUGUGUGUGUGUUUGUGGCUGCUGAUCAGCGCCAGUUAGGAGGAGGAGGAGGAAGAGGAGGAGGGAGGUGGUAUCUCGUUCCCCCUCCAACAUCUCCUCCACUUUGCAUCUGUCCCUCGCAGUUUGAACAGCGUGUUUUUUUUUUUUUUGCUUGCCUGCCUGCCUGCCUCCCUCUUCUUCUUCUCUCCUCUUCUACCCACUCAUUGAUUCAGAGAGAGCGAGCGAGCAAGAGAAAGAGCAAGAAAGAAGGAGAGAGAGGGAGAGAGGGAGAGGGCGAUACACAGCCAUUCCCAGCCAGAGAGCCCGGCUAUUCUGCUACAGUGGAGUUAAUCAAGUUGAUGCAUACUGCUGCAGGUUAUGAGGACGGCAGGAUGGAGUUCCCAGACCACAGCAGACAUUUACUCCAGUGUCUGAGCGAACAGCGGCAUCAGGGCUUCCUGUGUGACUCCACGGUGCUGGUGGGCGAUGCCCAGUUCCGUGCCCAUCGUGCUGUGUUGGCCUCCUGCAGCAUGUACUUUCACCUUUUCUACAAGGACCAGCUGGACAAGAGAGACGUGGUGCACCUCAACAGUGACAUUGUCACAGCCCCGGCCUUUUCCCUGCUCCUGGAGUUCAUGUACGAGGGCAAGCUGCAGUUCCAGGACCUUCCCGUGGAGGAUGUGCUGGCAGCAGCCAGUUACUUGCACAUGUAUGACAUUGUCAAGGUGUGUAAGAAACGUUUGAAGCAGAAGGCCACAGCGGAGGCAGACAGCACGCGCAGAGAGGAUGACGGUGGGUCCAGCUGCUCUGAUAAAGCCGAUAGUCUAUCAGACGGUUCCACAGACCGGCCUGCUACUGCCGACCUGCUGCACAGCGAUGAAGAGGAGGAGGGAAAGGCAGAGGGAGGGCCGCUGUGGCUGAGGCUGCCGUCUGCAGACAGACCAGGGACACCAGCUAUGGCUACAACCAGUCCAGGGCAGGGUGAGGCGGAGACGCAAGCAGGGGAAGGCCUGGGAGAGGGAGGAAAGCUCCUUUCUCCGGCCGGCAGCCCCACCAGCUCCACUGGAUCUCUCUCCCAGAGGUCCCACCGCUCUGUGAGCUCUCGUGGGGGCCACAGGGGUAGGAGGGUGUCAAAUGAUGCAGCUGACUGCGUCCUGGACCUGUCAGUCAAGCCAAUUGCAGGUAGCAACCACACUAACCACCACCAAUCCUUUUUCAGCGGAGCAGCUACGCCAGACAGCCUCCAAAGCCCAUUGGCUGUUAGGGUAAAGGUGGAAAGGGGCGUGGCUUCAGAUGAGGAAGAGGAACUGGGAGGUGGGGACUAUGACAUGGAGCAUAGCGGCCUCACCAAGGCCACGGUUCCUAACACCAACGGGGGCCUGGCCCACCACGGGGUCGGAGGGCCCUUGUCAGCCCAGCGGCGGCUCGGCCUGGAAGCACACCUGUCCGCUCUGCGAGAAGCCUCCCUGGCCUCAGAGCUGGAGCGGGAGGAGAAGCCUCCAGCCACAGCAGACGAUGAGGACAUCCUGGGGGGCGAAAACGAGCGCGCUCAGGCUGAGGCGGCCAGCAUGGAUAACUCGCUGCUGCCUUACGUCUCCAACAUGCUGUCGGCUCAACACACACAGAUCUUCAUGUGCCCGCUGUGUAACAAGGUUUUCCCCUCACCCCACAUCCUCCAGCUUCACCUCAGCUCCCACUUCAGGGAGCAGGAGGGCAUCCGCGCCAAGCCCGCCGGAGACGUCAACGUGCCCACCUGCAACAUCUGCAGCAAGACCUUCUCCUGCAUGUACACGCUGAAGCGCCACGAGCGGACACACUCCGGUGAAAAACCCUACACCUGCACCACCUGCGGCAAGAGCUUCCAGUACUCACACAACCUCAGCCGCCACGCAGUGGUGCACACGCGUGAGAAGCCGCAUGCUUGCAAGUGGUGCGAGCGGCGCUUCACGCAAUCCGGGGACCUCUACCGACACAUCCGCAAGUUCCAUUGCGAACUGGUCAACUCGCUGUCAGUGAAGAGCGAACCUCUGGCGCUCCCAAAUGUCAGGGAUUGGGCGAUCGAGGACAGCUCCCAGGAACUGUGGAAGUAGAAACAGACUACUAGGUUUGGUAAAGGGAAAGAGACGGAGAGUGAAAGAAAGGCAGAGAGGUGUGGGGAGGUUAGAGGGAGGCGGCAGAGUUUGAUAUUCGGGAUUUAAGUGAGUCACGUUCUUGUUUGUUGCAACAUCUCAUUCAAUAGCACUUUAAUAGCACAUGAAAAUGUUACUACUGAGUUGUUUUUCUUUUUUUUUGUUCCUAUUUGGGGUAAUUUUUGUUUAUUCUAUUUUAUUCUGAAUCCUUAUUUUUAUUUCGCGCAAGUUCUCUCCUGUUGGUGGUUUUAAUUGCGUCUCUGGACACGGGUCCCAGUGAGAAAGUCUCGCCUUUUUGAAGAGUUUUCACUCUGUUUGUGUUUCAUCCCAGACACAACACUCCGAUGCUGGCCAGCGUAUCGGUCCCAGUUCCACAGACAGCAAAACACCACUGCAGGAGUUCAGGUCGAACACACUGAAGUGAAAAAGCAUUACAAUACACUAAACGGGUACUGUGAUCACCACAAGUCGACGCCACCACACACACAGUUUGAAUUAGCGUGCGCACACGCGAGUGUGUGUGUGUGUGUGUGGUACUGCACUACUCUGGCAAAAAUUUCACCUAAUGUGCGUGAGUGUGUAUGAGUGUGUUUUGUGUGUAUUGAUUUUAUUUUCUACUGGCACGGAGGUGUCGUUGGCGAAGCGCUCCCCGCUUCUCUUGUUAAGCUCUUUGGUGUUGUGUGUUCAGGGGAAAGCUGACUGACUGACAGAUAAACUGAUGGCACUCAUGCAAUGCACAGCCUCCUUUUUUCACUUCCAGUCAAUUUGAAGUAUUUUCUAAAAAUGAAAAGACCUUUACAAAUAAUUAUUAAUUAUUAUUGUUAUUGAUAGAAUUUUUUCUUAAAUCUAGCUGGCAGUCUUUAAAACAUCUCUUGUUGAAAAGGUAUUUAAUUUAAGGUUGUUGUAUAUUGUUCUGAUAUAGUUUAAAAACUUUAAUUCUUUGCAUUUUUUUUAAAUUAAUGAUUAUUAUUAUUAUUAUUUUGUUACUUUUUUUUGUAAUGGGACCUGCUGUUGUUGCAUGACGUCCAAACCUGUAUAUUUUAAAAUAAAAAUGUGAAUUUGCUGUAUUACUGUACACAUUGUAAUUGAUCAAAUAUUUGACAACGGGCUUUCCUUUUUUGUUUUUUUUUUUCUUUUCUUUGUGAAUACUACUCCAGGGUGCGGUCUGUUGAAAAACUGAAUAUUAUUCUCACGACUAUGGAAAAAAAAAAUGCAUGAAAUUUUGAUUUUGUCUUAAACCUUUAAGUUGUGGUUUUUGCAUCGGGGAGGGGGAAUGUUUGAACCGUACACUUUUGACAGUGAAAAGUCGGAUAUUUUGUACUCGCUGGGCUCCUAGAAGAACGUUACCGAAUGUGUUUCCGUCGGAUGUUGAAGCGAUACGAUGAAGCAUUUUAAGCCUGUGUCUAUAUGCACUGAUCUCUCUGCUGCACGCGUGUGUGUGUGUUAAUGCGUGAAUGCGUGCGUGCGCGUGUGUGUUUAUGAGCGUGUGACUCGGUUAGCACCAGUCAAUUUAACCUACUGAAGAUCUACGUCCACCCAGCACUUCCUCCUCUUGCUCCUCCUCAGGCGUUAAAUGUCCCAACUGCUAUACCUUUUUGAUUUCUCUCGUGUCCGUCCUCACCAGUUCUAAACGCGGUCGAGCCAUUUCUUAAUUAUUUCCGCAGAUUUGGGCUCUCGUUUCAGGUCUGUUGAGUGCAGUUUUUAAAAACAUUUUUUAUUAAAUUGUGGCUUGGCUGAAGUGUGAAGGAUACGGAGGGAGGGAGUAAAGAAGGAGCGAGGCUGAACCUGAGCUGUCCUGCUGAAAGUUGAAGGGUCAGAUAUCUCUGCCACACUGUUGCUUCACGCUGAGCCGAGCUGUGCUGAGCUGAGCGGGGCCAUUAAACUCACCCAGCUCAGUGCAGUGUGCAUUUCACAUUAGGUGCAGCGGAUGUCACGUCUGUGUGUGCGUGCGUGUCUGUUUGUGUGUUUCCUUUUAAAGCAUAAUCCUUACUUUGAGAUAGAUGGGAGAGAAUUGGCAUGCCUGAAUGCACCUUUUUAAGCUUAAAGACAUGAAAUCAGAUUUUUUUGCUGAAAAGAUGCCUUUAUUUAAAAAAAGAAAAAGAAAAUUACAUUUCUGAUGCUGCGAUGUAUUUGAUACUGUAAAGCAUUGAGAAAUGGAUGUUGAAAAUUUUGUGUAAAUUCUUGGAAUUUAUUGAAUUUAUCUAUUUUGAUCAUGUGAUUAGAAAACUCUUGUAUGUAAAUGUUGCGUUUGGGUCAGGGCUACAUCAGUUUCUUCUUCUGUUUUUCUUCUUUUUAUUGAAAUUUCAAAAUAAUUGGUCAAGCGUUUAUACAAUCCAAAAACAUUUUUCAGAAAGAUACUGACACUCCACAUUACCCCCCCUCUCUCGCUCACUCAAAUAUGUAUAUGUGUGUGUGUGUUAGUGUGUGUGUCCCCGCAGAUGUGCAUGUGGUGGGUGGGGUAUAUGUACAUGCCGCCCUGUCAUCUGGUGGCACCUACAGGCUCUGCCAAUGCAACAGUGUGGGUGACAUUGCGGCAGUUUGCACCACAUCGUCUCAUUUUUGUCUCGAAAUGUUAUUUCUUCACUGGCAGCGUCUCUGCAUAUGGGCUCCCUCCAUCCUGCUGUUGUUUUCAUCAUUACUGCUGUUUUUUUUUCCCAUUUUUUUUCCCUCCCCGUUCUGUUCCUCUGGUUUUACUUGACCGCCUUAAACUGCUGUAGUCCGGGCUGUUAUUUUAUUUUUAAAAGUGUGAGUGUGUGGGGUGGAGUGGCGGGAGUGAUGUUAACCACUCAAGACGCUGUGAAGUAAACCACCCCGACUGGACAUCUCCAUCUUUUUGCUGUGCUUACUUGAAAACAAAAGGGGGUAGAUUGUUUUUUUUUGUGUUUUUUUUAAGUAAGGUAUAAAAAUAAAUAAAAUUAAAAAAAAAAAAUCAAAUGUCAUAGACAGUUUAUGGUAAAGAAGAUGAAGGGUUUGAGGGUGGGGAGAGGGCAUGAAAUGACUGAGUCUGUUUUGAAAAAGGACAAUCACUGUCUGGGGGGGAAAAACAAGCAGAUUCCAAUUGAGAUAUAUUUGCUCCCUGUUGAGAUUACAAUUUUUUUUUUCCUUUGCUUUUCUUUUAUGUUCCUUUUUUCGGAUUUAGUCAUUUUAGCUUUGACAAUCAUAGUUGGGUUGAUUUUUUUUUCUCUCAAGGGGAGUAAAUUCUAAUUGUGUUUAGUUUUGUAAUUUUUUGGUGUGCUGUUGUUGACAUUUUUAAAUUGUGUGCAAACUGCAAUAAAUUAUAAGAAUCUUGAAAUUCAA